AUGGAUGCAGCCAGCAGGAGCAGAGCUAGCAGCAACGUUGGUGUUGAUGCCGUCCGGGAGGACCAGAUGGACGGGCUCGAUGCCUUGGGCAUCAGAGAGGUCCUCGACGCCGACUCGCGCCCAACCUUCAUCAUCGACCUGGACCCCGACCAGCCCUCGCGCAGUGUCAGCACAUGCAUCGACCCAGUCUUCUGCAACGCUGCCCUGCGCUCGCACGACCGCCUGCUUGACGCCGUGCUGGGGCGCGAAACCACUGGCAUCGCGACCUCCGCCGAUGUCGAUGCCAAUGCCGAUGUCGACGCCGCAGACUUGGCCUCACCCGUCCUCGACCCAACCCAGCAGGGCCCGGAUCCAGGUGGGAGCCGCUCGCUGGCCCCCACCCAUGAGGCCUUCAAGCUGUGGGUGACCGGCGUCACAACUCAUGAUGACUCCAAGGACGUCUUCCCGCUAUCCUUCAUGUACAAUGAAAUGCUAUGGACAGGGUCUACCGUGCGGAAACGUUGGCGCAUCAUCAGUGGGAACCGGCUCUGGCAAGCCGACGUUCCUGUCGUUGACCUGGCAUCUGGCGCACCCCUCGAGGUUGCCACCGGCGGCUCGAAAGCAAGCCAGGCCACCAAGAGGAGCCCCGCGACUCCUGGCGCUAGCUACGAGUCUGUUGUCCACACAUCCGGCGUGCCCAAUGUAGUAUCAUCAUCAUCGCCCUCUGGGCCUCUGACCUCUUCUGACCCAGUGUUUUACCCAAGGACAUCCGCUAAUGGAUCGGUCCUCACUGGCGUCUCAAACAAGAACAUAGCCAUCGACCUCGCCGCCUUGCCCGAGAGGGCCACCAUCGACUGGACGGUGCCUAACCCAGAAGGCCAGAUAUCCCAGCACCUUCAGUAUGUUCGUGCAGUCGACUGGGGUGCCACAUCCCUGGGCCCUAUGGCUUCUUGGUCGGCAGAGUUCCGCCAGAUCGCCAAUCUCGUCAUGACCAAUCCUCACCCUGCCGCACUCUUCUGGGGCAGUAAAUUGACUGUCAUCUACAAUGAGGCUUACGCCAACGAGGUCGCUGGUAACAAACACCAGCCGACUCUCAUGGGGACCGAAUUUGCCGAUUUCUUCGCCGAGAUCUGGGAUUACUGUGGCCCUCUCUUCGAGGAGAGUGGCCGAACCGGAAUCAGUGUCCGUAGGGACAACGACCCCAUCUCCAUCUACCGACAUGGAAUGCUGGAGGAAACUUACUACUCAUGGACCUACGUCCCCAUCUACUCGUCCUCGAAUAGGGAGCUCCUUGGAUUUUACAACGGGCCUUUCCAGACCACCAACCUUGUGCUGAACCAACGCAGGAUGCAGACGGUGAAUAAGAUCGGCGAGCGGACUGGAUAUGCAAAGACCAUCAAGCAGUUCUGGAAAUUUGUGCUGGAAGGGCUCGAGGAUAACCCAUGGGACGUUCCUUUUGCCCUCCUCUACUCGGUCGGCGAGGACAAUGACGACGAGCACUCUUCUACCGCCUCCGAACUGUCCAUUUCGCUCAAGUCAUGCCACUUUGAAGGGGCUCUCGGCGUGCCUGACGGUCACAUCGCAGCACCCCAGCAGCUCGACUUGCGGCGCAGUCUUGAGGGCUUUGUGCCGUCGUUCCGGGAGGCGAUGCGGACUAGGGAGCCGACUCUUUUACGUGUCCGCGACGGCACUCUGCCCGAGGCCCUGCUUGAAGGUAUCGAGUGGCGAGGGUUCGGGGACCCAUGUAAAGAAGCCAUCAUUUUCCCAGUGCGUCCCACCAACGCAGACAAUGUCCUUGCAUUUCUCGUUCUGGGCGUCAACCCACGCAGGCCGUACGACCAUGAGUAUAAAUCUUUCGCAACCAUGUUCAACCGACAACUCGCGACCUCGCUGGCCUCGACCAUCCUGUUCGAGGAGGAGACACGCCGCAGCAGAGACGCCGUCGAAGCCGCGCAGCUAGAGCGGGUCAGACUGACGCAGCAAUUAGACUUACAGGCCAGUAGACUACGUCGUAUGACUGAGUUGUCGCCUCUAGGCAUGUUUUUGAUAUCUCCAGAGGGCGUCCUUCGGGAAGCAAAUGACAGGUUCUUCGAAAUGACGGGUCACACCAGAGACUCACAGUAUGAGAUGUCGUGGAUGGAUUUUAUUAUGCCCAGCAGCACACGAACCAUGGAGGAUGGCUGGCACCGACUCGUGAAUGAGCAUCGCCCGUGGUCAGGGGAGCUGCAACUCAAGAUACGUAUAGCCAGACCCAUCAACCUUCAUGGAGAGGCAAUCGAUUACUGGUGCAUGUUUACUGCACAACCCGAGAUCGCAUCAGACGGGUCCUUACGUUCCGUGAUGGGAUCAAUCACCGACAUAUCCCACAUGAAAUGGGCACAAGGCUUACAAGAGCACCAGCUUCGCGAGGCCGAAGAGACUCGCAGGCAGCAGAACGAGUUCAUUGACAUCACCUCGCACGAAAUGAGGAAUCCCUUGAGCGCUAUAUUGCAGUGUGCCGACGACAUCACCGCAGCUCUGAGCGAGUGCCGCAAGGAUCCCACGAGCUUGUCAAAUGACGUACUCGAGGCAUGUUUGGAGUCAGCGCAGACAAUCUCCCUAUGUGUCCAGCACCAAAAGUCCAUCGUGGACGACAUUCUUACCAUCUCCAAGCUCGACUCCAAUCUCCUCCUCAUCACCCCGGUAGUCACCCAGCCGAAGCAGAUUCUGAGCCGUGCAAUCAAAAUGUUUGAAUCCGAGCUGCAGGCAAAGGAGAUCAAGGCCAACCUCGAGACCCACCCGUCCUACGACGAGCUCGGCGUGGACUGGGUGACGGUUGACCCGAGUCGAGUGCUACAGAUUCUCAUCAACCUAUUGACCAAUGCGAUCAAAUUCACAGCUCCAUCCAAAACACGCAUUCUCACCGUUGCCGUUGGCGCUUCUCUGGAACCGCCGGCCUUAGCCAACAUACCAGGCUUCCAAUACGUUCCGGUCAACACUAAAACCAAUGUCGCAGCAUCUGAAGACUGGGGUAAGGGACAGCUUCUUUACGUCAGAUUCAAGGUGCAGGACACAGGCUGCGGCCUCACUGCGGAGGAGAAGCAAAUGCUUUUCCAGCGGUUCAAGCAGGCGUCUCCUCGGACCCAUGCACAAUACGGAGGCAGCGGCCUGGGACUUUUCAUCUCGAAGCGCCUAUCCGAGCUUCAUGGUGGUCAAAUUGGUGUGUCGUCCAGUGCCGGCACCGGAAGUCUCUUCAGCUUCUACGUCCAAGCGAGGAGGGCAGAACCGCCCAGUGAGGCGCUGGAGCAGAGGCUUCCCAUAGAGCACCACAUGAGUGGUGACACAACCCUGCGCCAGCAGCUCGCGCCUCAACGCCAGGAUCUAGCAUCAACCGGCAGCCCGGCUGCUAGUCUAGUAGCAACAAAGGCGAGGCGGACGAUAGACCCCAAGACGGUCCACAUCCUCGUCGUGGAGGACAACUUGAUUAACCAGCGUGUGCUGGCCAACCAGCUCAAGAAGAUCGGCUGCACGGUCAACCUCGCCAACGACGGCGUUGAAGCGCUAGAAUUCCUCUCUACAACAAAUUUUUAUAAGACAGAUACAGGGACAGGCAGCGUGCCUCUAGAUGUAGUAUUGAUGGAUUUAGAAAUGCCACGCAUGGACGGCCUCACAUGCGUAAGAGAGAUCCGCAAGAAAGAAGUGCAAGGCGAAGUUACGAAGCAUGUGCCAGUGAUCGCCGUCACGGCCAACGUCCGGGACCAGCAGGUGGCGACGGCCAAGGAGAGCGGCAUGGACGAUGUGCUGUCUAAACCAUUCAGGAUACCGGACCUGCUGAAGAAGGUCGAGGGCCUGUUGCUGGCCGAUCCCGAUCAAGGAGCGGUACAUAUCCGGUGA